AGGCGGAGAUGGGCCACACGUGCCGGGGCACCAUCAACCUGGCCACGGCCAACAUCACCGUGGAGGAUUCUUGCAACUUCAUCAUCUCCAACGGCGGCGCCCAGACCUACCACCUGAAGGCCAGCUCCGAGGUGGAGCGGCAGCGCUGGGUCACCGCCCUCGAGCUCGCCAAGGCCAAGGCUGUCAAGAUGCUGGAGGAGUCAGACGACUCCGGCGACGAGUCAGUGUCGCAGACGGACAAGACGGAGCUGCAGAACACACUGCGGAUUCUGUCCAGCAAGGUGGAGGACCUGAGCACCUGCAACGACCUGAUCGCCAAGCACGGCACGGCCCUGCAGCGCUCGCUCAGCGAGCUCGAGGCCUUGCGCCUGCCCCCCGAGAGCACCGACAAGAUCAAGCAGGUCAACGAGCGGGCCACGCUCUUCCGCAUCACCUCCAACGCCAUGAUCAACGCCUGCAGGGAUUUCAUGCUGCUGGCGCAGACACACGGGAAGAAGUGGCAGAAGUCGCUGCAACAGGAGAGGGAUCAGCGGAUCCGGCUGGAGGAGACGCUGGAGCAACUGGCAAAGCAGCACAACCACCUGGAAAGGGCGUUCCGGGGGGCCACGGUGCUCCCUGCCGGCACGCCCGGCACCGGCGGCUCUGGGAAAGAUCUGUGCUGCCCCUCCAAAGGUGACAUGAGCGACGAGGACGACGACAACAACGAGUUCUUUGACGCCCCCGAGAUCUUCCCCAUGCCUGACAUGAUGGGCCACAAGAGAACUGGGAGCAACAUCAGCGGCACCAGCAGCGACAUCAGCCUGGAUGAGCAGUACAAGCACCAGGUUGAGGACACCAAGAAGGAGAAGAGAACCCGCAUUCCCUACAAACCCAACUACAGCCUCAACCUCUGGAGCAUCAUGAAGAACUGCAUCGGGAAGGAGUUAUCCAAAAUUCCCAUGCCAGUGAACUUCAACGAGCCACUGUCGAUGCUCCAGCGGCUGACAGAGGACCUGGAGUACCACGAGCUCCUGGACCGGGCGGCCAAGUGCGAAAAUUCCCUGGAGCAGCUGUGCUACGUGGCCGCCUUCACCGUCUCCUCCUACUCCACCACCGUCUUCCGCACCAGCAAACCCUUCAACCCGCUCCUGGGGGAGACCUUCGAGCUGGAUCGGCUGGAGGAGAGCGGGUACCGCUCCCUCUGCGAGCAGGUGAGCCACCACCCCCCGGCCGCUGCCCACCACGCCGACUCCAAGCACGGCUGGACGCUCCGCCAGGAAAUCAAGAUCACCAGCAAAUUCCGAGGGAAAUACCUCUCCAUCAUGCCUCUAGGUACCAUCCACUGCGUCUUCCACUCGUCCGGCAACCACUACACGUGGAAGAAGGUGACCACCACCGUGCACAACAUCAUUGUGGGGAAGCUGUGGAUAGACCAGUCGGGUGAGAUCGAGAUCAUCAACCACAAGACGGGUGACAAGUGCAACCUCAAGUUUGUCCCUUACAGCUACUUCUCCCGGGAUGUGGCAAGGAAGGUGACCGGGGAGGUGACGGACCCCUCGGGGAAGGUGCACUUUGUCCUGCUGGGCACGUGGGACGAGAAGAUGGAUUGCUACAAAGUCCAACUGGGAAUGGGGGACAAUGGAGCCGAGGCCCGGCCCCGAGCCCACGAGUCCGAGGACAGCCGGGUGCUGCUGUGGAAGCGGAACCCGCUCCCGUGA